AUGGUAGUACUUGCCAUAUUGGUAUUAGUGCUGUUGCUUCAGGUGACAUGCAGGGUUCCAGUUGCCAAAUGUACCAGCAGUGACCGUCUUCCUAUUCUUCACAAAUAUUAUCAGUCAGGAGACUUCAUUAUUGCUGGCAUCAUUUCCCAGAUCUUCAUGUUUUCCAGACCAAUAACGUUCCAAAAACGUCCCUCUCAUGAACUCUUUGAUAACCGUGUGGUACUGCUUCAGAAUUACCAGCACAUCCUGGCCUUGGUAUUUGCAGUAAAGGAAAUAAAUGAAAACCCCCUGAUUUUACCAAAUGUUACCCUGGGCUUCUACAUCUAUAACAGCUAUUUCACUGCAAGCUGGACCUAUCUUGCCUCAAUGGAACUUCUCUCCACGCAGGACAUGUUUUUCCCAAACUAUAAAUGUGACUUCCAGAACAAUGUAGUAGCUGUCAUCGGGGGACCUAACUUUGAUGUCUGUCUCAACAUGGCAACCUUCCUGAGCAUCUACAAGAUUCCCCAGCUCAUAUAUGGUUCUACUCUGAGGAUGAACAACAACAAUCCAGGUGUUUCCUUCCACCAGAUGUUCCCAAAUGGGGCUCAUCAGUAUAGGGGGAUUCUCCAGUUACUGCUGCAUUUCAGGUGGACAUGGAUUGGGGUACUUUCUGAGGGAGAUGCCAGUUCAAAGAGAUUUGUACAAUAUGCUCUUCCUGAGUUUUCUCAGAGAGGGAUCUGCUUUGACUUCAUAGAAAGAUUCCCCACAAUAAGUUUUUCCAGCGAGUUCACUGGAAUGAUUGCACAGGGCUUUGGAACAGCAAAGAUUCUCAUGGCAAGCUCUGCCAAUGUGGUCGUUAUACAUGGUGAAAUUCAGACAGUGGUUACUUUGAGAAUGUUGCUUCAUAUUUCAGCUUUUGAGGAUAUACCAAUGAAAACAGAAAGUAAAGUCUGGAUAAUGGCAGCCCAGAUGGAUUUUAUAUCAAUUGCUAUUCAAAGAUGCUGGGAUGUAAAUUUCAUCCAUGGUGCUAUAUCCUUUGCAGUUUACUCAAAGCCACUACUAGGAUUCCAGGAAUUUCUUCAGAUGAGAAACCCUUCCUCAGAAAGAGAAGAUGGUUUUAUUAAGGUAUUUUGGGAACAGGCAUUUAACUGUGUGUUCCCAAGUUUGGUGGUAGAUGAAAAUAGUGGAGAAAUCUGCACUGGGGAGGAGAAACUGGAGAAUCUUCCUCGGUCUGUUUUUGAAAUGAGCAUGACUGGCCACAGCUACAGCAUCUACAAUGCUAUGUACGCUGUGGCACAUGCUUUGCAUGACAUUCAUUUACCCAAAUUCAGAAAGGAGGAUGGAUGGAGAUGGAAGAUUGUGAAUCUACAACAAUGGCAGCUCCACCACUUUCUACAAAGGAUCUCAUUUAACAACACUGCUGGGGAGGAAAUUUCCUUUGACCAAAAUGGGGAAAUCAUAGCUGGAUUUGAUAUUUUGAAUUGGGUCACAUUCCCAAACCAGUCCUUUCUUAAGAUCAAAGUAGGAAUAAUUGACCCACAGGCUGUCACAGAAAAAGUGUUCACCAUUCAUGAAGAUGCUAUUGUGUGGCCCCACAGAUUUAACCAGACACAACCUCUUUCACUGUGUAAUGAUGUUUGUCAUCCAGGUUAUAGCAAGACAAAGAAGGAAGGGCAGUCAUUUUGCUGCUAUGAUUGUCUUCCAUGUCCAGAAGGGAUGAUCUCAAACAAAACAGAUACGGAUGUCUGUUUUCAAUGCCCUGAAGAACAGUACCCAAACAAUUACCAGGAUGUAUGCAUCCCUAAGAACAUAAGCUUCUUGUCUUAUAAAGAGCCUUUGGGGAUGAGCAUGGCCAGUUCUGCUCUUUCCUUCUCUUUCCUCACAGCUUUGGUGUUUUGGAUCUUCAUUAAGCAUCGGGACGUUCCCAUAGUCAAAGCCAGCAACCGGAACCUCACUUACACUCUCCUCAUCUCCCUGCUUUUCUCCUUCCUUUGCACUUUGCUAUUUAUUGGCCAGCCUGGGAAAUUGACAUGUCUUCUUCGACAAACUGCUUUUGGCAUCAUCUUCUCGGUGGCAGUUUCUUGUGUGUUGGCCAAGACCAUAGUUGUUGUUCUAGCAUUCACUGCUACCAAUCCAGGGUCAGUAAUGAGAAGAUGUGUUGGGAAUCAACUGUCUUACUCCAUUAUUCUUUCAAGCUCCUUUAUUCAAGUCAUUAUUUGUACCAUAUGGCUGGCAACAUCUCCCCCAUUCCCAGAUUUUGACAUGUACUCGAUAGAUGAAGAAAUUGUUCUGGAAUGUAAUGAAGGUUCAACUCUCAUGUUUUAUUGUGUCUUGGGCUUUAUGGGCUUCCUGGCCAUUGUUAGCUUCACUGUGGCUUUCCUAGCCAGGAAUCUGCCUGACAGUUUUAAUGAGGCCAAGUUUAUCACCUUCAGCAUGUUAGUAUUCUGCAGUGUUUGGUUGUCCUUUGUUCCAACCUACUUGAGCACAAAAGGGAAAUAUAUGGUGGCUGUGGAGGUCUUCUCUAUCUUGGCCUCCAGUGCUGGGUUAUUGGGCUUCAUAUUUUUCCCCAAAUGUUACAUCAUUUUGCUGAAGCCUGAACUGAACAACCAGAGGCUGUUAGGAAAAAGGAAGAAUUAG